AUGAGAAGCCACCGUCUUUUGCUUACCCUAACAACUGGACUUUCGCUUACUGUCGGCGGGGCCUUAGGCGCUUGCUUGGAGCGAUUACGAAAGAAAAAUGGUUCUUCUUUGGGGUUCGACAUUCCUCCCGCGAUACCCACGCUAGAAGCAUCCGAAAAGUUAGUCCCGUCGGGAGUCAAUGUCGUCCCCAGCGAGCCCAUGCCCGGUAAUCGGGUUGCUCAAAUUAUGCGAUUUGGUUUUCCUAGCAUGAGCAAUCUGCGAUCAUACGGUAACUACAUUUUGUCUUACGACCAAAGGACCAGGUGCCCAAAUUGGGUCUUUGAACAUUUGACCCCGGAGAGUUUGCGAGAGAAGAAUGCCGAUCGGACGUCCUGUUCUUUUGAGGAGGAUCCAUCAAUCCAUGCGUAUUUUCGGGCGACUGAUAUGGAUUUUAAGGGCAGUGGUUACGACCGUGGACACAUGGCAGCUGCCGGCAACAACCUUCAAUCGAGGAAAAAUCUACAGGAAACGUUUUAUUAUACCAAUGUGGCACCACAGAUUGGUGUUGGCUUUAACCGAGGAAUUUGGAACAAACUUGAAAAGUACGUUCGUUCCAUUGCCAGGCGAAAUAAAAAUGUCUAUGUCUGCACUGGGCCUCUUUACUUACCAAGGACUGAAGCAGAUGGCAAACUUUACGUAAAAUAUGAAAUCAUUGGCCGGAACCACAUUGCUGUUCCAACACAUUUCUUCAAAGUUGUUCUCAUUGAGACGGAGACUGGGGAGUUUGAGUUACUAUCUUUCGUGUUGCCAAAUGAGGCCCAUCCCGAAGAUGCGCAACUCAAAUAUUUCCUCAUGAAUGUUGAGCAAAUCGAGAGGGCCUCAGGUCUUCUUUUCUUUGAUAAAUUACCCCACAAUCAAAUCAAAAUGAUCAACAAGCAAGAAACCAAAGUUCGCAGGUGGCAUUGA